AUAAAAUGCCGACACAAGAAUCGGACCCAACCAGUCUUAAUCGGUACACGAAGGCUCUUUUUUCCCUUCUUACUUCGAUAGGCUCGGAUUUGCUCUCCUCCCUAUCCGCAUCGUCCUGAGACCAUGAAGCUCGUUCCGAUCUUGUUGCUCGUUGUCGCGGUUGUCUUCGCCGCCGAAGAGAAGGAUGAAGAACGUCCCAAGACGUUCAGAAGGCUCAUCCCUGCCGACGUUCUUCGCGAUUUCCCUGGCAUGUGCUUCGCAUCGACGAAAUGCGCAACCAUCGAGCCAGGAAAAACUUGGGAUCUGUCGCCGUUCUGCGGACGUUCCACUUGCGUGCCGGACGAUGAGGGUACUGGCCGCUUGUUCGAGCUGGUGGAAGACUGCGGGCCCCUGCCGAUAGCCAACCCGAAAUGCAAGCUCUCAGAGAAGACCAACAAGACCGCUCCAUUCCCAGACUGUUGUCCGCAAUUCGAAUGCGAAGAGGGGGCGAAGCUCGAGUACCCAGAGAUCCCAACUUUACCGCCACCAACAAAGAUCGUUGAAGCUGACAACUCCCCGAAGGCUGCUCCACCGAAAGCUUAACUCUAAACACAGGAUGCGUGGCCUCUACAAACAUAAUCGAACCUUUGUUGAAUAGUCAACCAAACAGCAAAAAC